AUGAAAGGUUUGCUGUUAUUAAGUCUUGUGUUUUUGCUCUCGGGGCUAGUUAAUGCUCGCUCAAUUGACAAGCAAUUGAUUCAGUUGGCAAGAAAUAUACAAAAUCGGUACGGUCAAGAAAACAGCAAUGAUGCAGCAUUAUUUCACAUUUUGGGAGUAAAGCAAGUUUCUACCGGAAGUAAAGAUAACGGAGAAGGUAUUCAGUAUUUUCAAGACGAUUAUGACAGCUACGAAGAUUAUGAAAAUGAACUUCAAGGAGAAGAAGACAGCGCGGAUGAUGAAUUUGAUGAGAUUUAUGGAGGACAUUCCAAUGGGUUAGACAAUAAUACUGAAGAAGAUGACGAUGACAGUGAUGACAGUGACGACGACAGUGGUGAUGACGAUGACAGUAGUGAAUAUAGCUAUGACAGUGAUGACGAUGAUGAUUUUGAAGAUAAAUAUGACGAAGACGUAGACGACGAUGACGAUGAUGACGAUGACGACAAUGAUGAUGGUGAUGACGACGACGAUGAUGAUGGUGAUGAUGGAUGA